AUGGAGUAUGGAUGGAUUCCAUCAUUACUGAAGCUCGGCGCUCGUUUGGUGCUGCUGCUGUGUGGAUGGCUGUAUGCUAACUAUAGUGUGGAGUUUCACAUCCAUGCGCAAAACAGGGCUGCCGCUUGGUUUUGCCUCCUCUCUUUCUCCUCUCUUUUCUUUUUUGCUUAUUAUUUGAUAUGGACAGAAGGGAAAGGGGAAAAAGGAAAAGGCGAAAAGAGAAAAGAGAGAAGGCCAACGGGCGGUUUAUCUGCCGUCCUGGUUGAAUAUUUUGCAAGGAUGUCCCAUUGCUUUGAUUGA